AUAGUUCCUACCUCGGUCAUGCAUAACCUCACAUUUGCUUCACGACCAUGGGGUUGCUGCUACUGUGAAAACUCUCUGAUUUUCGCGAAAUACCGACUGAAAGUCUCGCUGUCACUGACUUUGCUGUCUACUGACCGAGAGAAAAAGCUGUUAGAAAAAUAAGUUGAAGAAUAUCUUUCGAAAGUGAAAUGCAACAGUGGUUUUUGGUUUUCGGCGCGCUUCUGCCGGUUCUGUACGGUUUCUUUAAAUAUUGGAAGAGAACUCACAUAAAAGUUAACUGUUGGUUUUGUGGAUUAAACAAUACCAUACUAAGGAAGUGUCACGAUGGAUGGAUGUGCAAGCAUUGUGAGCAGUACAAUGGAUUCAAACCUGAUGGCGAUUACAAUCGUGAGAUACCAGCUCAAUACGACUCAUCUCUCAAUGGAAGACUGUCAUUCUGCUUUAAACCUCAACCCUACAACAAAUCACCCCAAAACGGCUUUUGCCAAGACUGUAAUCGGAAUCAAGAACUUAAAGUUGCUCAGCUAGCAUCUUUUCAGCCAAUCAAUCCUGACAACUUUGACCAAGAAAUUGAUAAUUUUAGCUAUCAUUUGGAGAGAGCGUAUAGGCUUUGUCCCCCUUGCGAAGCAGUUCUGGAUGAAACACUGUCCCUCAAAAAGACUCACAUUCUUGACAUGAAUCUUCAAGUUACUGGAAAGAAAACUAUUAGCGGUGUUUAUUCGUCUUCAAAGCUUGCAUUCAACAGGAUACUAGUCAAAACUACUACAUUGAUGACGACCAGCAUUGCUCUUAUUCUGCUGUUACACACAUUAUCAUCAAUGACAACGGAUCACAUUGUGUUUUCGGCAUCAAAUUUCUUUGACAAUAAGGGGAUUUCUAUAUCCCGUGCAACCUGUGCUGCCUCCCCCUUUGCCAAGCUUCUGGCCGCACCAGCCAUGUGUCCAAAGACUGAAGGAUCUUCCGCAAAGACAACUAAAAUUCUUCCAAGACUCAUUGGCGAGAGUGUUGAUCUGCAUUAUCUAGAAGUUGUUGGCCCUUACAGUGCCCCUCUGAGUUUUUCGGGCUGGGCGCUCCAAAUUGUUGCAUUCUGGCAGUCAGGGCGCCGAUUGGCUACUUUACCAUGGGCGGCCUUGUUUGGGAUUGAGGUUUUCUUAUCGACAAGUUUUGGAACCAAUUAUGCUGAACUGUGUCAAGUUGCGAAGAUAUUAUUUACUUUAUUGAUUUUGACUCUCUCCUUGCCCUUGCUGGAAAGGUCCAAACCCGUAUCCCCUUUUAAGAAAGGGACUUUGAGUUUCUCAAAGCAGAUUAAACGCAAGUCUGAAUCUUUUCAAAAAGUUCCUGCAACAAAUCCUCAACCUUCGUUUGGUCAAGACCAAAUCAGGAGUAAUGCGCAAUCAUCAUUAUUCAAGCCAAAUGUUCUGAGGAAUGUCAAUCAAAAUGAGCCUGUUUUACAAGGCCCAAACUAUUUGACUCUGCCAACCAGACCUUCUCACUCCUCGCUUUCAAACUUGUCCUUGGCUGACAGCUUACUGAUUCCCCCUCCUGCUGAGUUCCAGAACACUGCAACGCAAGAGGAUGCUAGAAGUGAUGCAUCUGUAGAUUCUGCAUUUUCUAAUCCUGAUUCCAUUACUUUAGAUGCUGCAGAAUCUCUGAACAGCUCUUUUUAUGUAAAUGGCAAAAAGCCCAAGACUCAAGAUGAUGUUCAGAGCCUUAUUGAGGGUCUGUCUAUUGGGUCCUUAUCUAGUAACCACAACCUGAAAACGCCCUCAGAGUUCCGGACGAAGUCAUAUGGCAAGGAGCCAAAGAGAAGUUCACUUUUGUGUCCCUCAAGGCUUAGCAAUAUCAUGAAUGAAUCAAUCAGUUCAGGCAUUUGGCGCAACACAAGAAGUAACACAGUUGUGCCCUCUGAUGCUAGAAGCAAUGUGACUUUGACAUCUGCUUCUGAAAUAGCAGAAGCAAGUAAUCGGACUUUGAGCCGGCCAGGCUCACCUUGUGGCUCUGUCCACAGUCAAGCCACUGCUCGAACAGCAGCAUCUGUCAGAAGCUUCUCUCCACCCUCCUCGUUCCAGCCUUACCAGCCUACGCAGCCUUACCAGUCGACCCAGCCUGUAGUGUCUUCUUGGAGUUCUCCACCAUCUCCGAAAAGUACCCUGGCUGUUUGUGUUCCUCCAAAUCCACUCUCGCCCAACCCAGAGUUUGGUUCUAUACCGUCUCCAAUUCCAAACUCUCAUGUAUCACAAGUUAUUUAUACUCCUUAUGGAAUGUAUCAUCCAAUGAUGAGUCCCUAUGGCAACAGCCCUAUGUUUAUGAUGCCUCCCCAAGCUUCCCCAUUCGGGAACAGAUCUCCUGCAUCAAGUUUUGGAUCACAAUUUUCGCCAAGAUCAUUUAGUACAAGCUCUCGCUUCUGUGAUUCAGACCAUGAUCUCGAUUUUUCACCCAAAUCUACAAAAGGAAAAUCUAGAAACAGGGAGUGUCUUUCAUCUUCAUUCCUUGGGUCUGUGUGGCAAAGUAGAUUUGCUAUAAUGUACACUACACUGUGUUAUUUGUUACUUGGGUCCUUAGUUUGUGCUUUUUCUUACAGCGGUCUCAUCCCUAGUGUGUUUUCUAAGGUUUCAAACUGGAAGCAUAAUGUCUUCUCCCUAUGAAGUUAAUCAGACUGACGUAACAAAAUAGUUAUAAUGUGGAUGUGGUCCUGUUGCCUCCCUUUUCUGUGUGAAGGUCAUCCUGUCUAAUAAUUGACAUUUUAAUUUGAGUACUAAUGUAAUAUGUCCAUUACUGCCCCCAUCACUGCCUUUCUAAUGACUGACACUUUGCGCACAGUCCCUUCUAUGUUAUCUGUGAUAUUUUAUAGAAAUAAUAUUAGGAGAGAAACUGUUACAUAUUUGCUUGAUGUAAUAGUAGAUCAAUGUAAACUUGAAGUCAGAAUUUGUUUUUGUUUUGUCUUUGUUGUGGGUAGAGCAGGUAAGUUACGCUUGUGGUCUUCAGACAUUCUCAAGAGUUUUACCUAUUUUAUAUGUUUUUGGUAAUUGGAUAUUAACUGCUAAAUAAUCAGUUGAGCUUGUAUUUUUUUUUAGCUGCUAUUUUUGUGCUCUUUUUUUAUUUAAUAAUUUGUAGUAUUAGUGCUGCAGAGUGCAGAGGUGACCCUUUUUGUAUUAAUUUGUUUCAUUUCAAUAAGUCAACUUGGUUUUGUAACUAAAAGAAAAAAAGUAAAUCAAAUCAGAUUGUAAAUAAAAAUUUUGCAAAAACA